AUGACCGCCGACAAGAGCCUGCUCAUUGGCGUGGAGAACCUGUCGAUUUCGGUUCCUUUCAAGGCUCUGUAUGCCUUCUUGGAUAAGGCAGAGAACAUACAGCGUCUCCGCAGCGUCAAACAGAAACCUCGACUCAAUGGCAUCCCGGUCAAGCUCGCAGAACCACCUUCCAGCUCCCCGGAAGAAGAGCUUGCAUCCGCAGACGAGAAAAUCUUCGCUGAGCAGGAGAAAACCGAGAUGAAUAAGGCUAAGGAGGGCGACCGCGGUGUCUUCCACCCUGUCGAAGACGACAUCAAGGGCCAACCCAAUGUCUUGACACGCUCAGCGUUGAAGAAGCGAGCUGCGCCCCCCGACAAUGGCCCCGACCUCGAUGUCACAAAGCGCCGCCCCGGCUCGGAGCGACGCAGAGGUUGA